CAAGUACGCCUGUUUGUACAAGUACCAGUUUUUGGCUUCUCAGAGUGACAGACCGUCGAGCAGCGGAGACAGACGUGCCUUCGAGGCCCUCGUCAGACCCUCGUUCGAAGGUACAACUGGUUCCCCCUCAAAACACGAACACGCUCAUCCUCAAAUAGAUUGUGCUGUGGUUUCCAAAAGUCCGUAUUCAGAAUCAAUGGACAAGGUUUUGGGCGUCUCCCCCAUCGACUAUUUCAAUCUGAUUACUGACGUCUCAGACGACAGCUCAAAACUGCUCAAUUUCAUCUAUGCUGAAUAUAGUGACUCGUUGUGCAGCAACAUCAUAAGUGCGGUCGGGUAUGGAGAAGGCAACGUGAUGUACCGAGGGAGAGUUAGUCUGGAGAGGCCGUUUCUUUUACCGGUCAAUAUGGCCAGAGAUUUCUACAUCAUUCCUUAUGACAGAUUCCGGGCUUUAAUGAACUUCCGUUGGUUCAAGGAGGAAUUUCUCUGUCGAGACCAACCAUGGAUGUGCAAUAAUGAACAAACUAACAACGACGGUGACAGUGACAGUGACAGUGACAGUGACUCAUCUGAAGAAACAGACAGAUAACAGCUCAUUUAAAAUCAACAAGCUACUAACAAAGAUGCCAUAAAACACGACAAUGCUCAUUUAAAAUCAACAAGCUACUAACAAAGAUGGCAUGAAACACGAUGAUGCUCAUUUAAUAAAACUUGAAAACAGCCGACUAAAAUGUUACUUAUUACAAAAGCAGUGAAUUACACUUCAAAGAAAUGUGCAUGAGUGCUGUUAUUGUGGCUAUGAGGCAAGGUUGAUUUGUCUCGGCCAUCUAAGCGAUGCUGAAAGCGGAAUUUUUUGGCAAAUAAAUCUCUUUGCCAAUUUUCGGCAGUUUGUUAAAGAGAAAAACCUGCGAUUUAUUUCUAG